AACUGGGGGGCGGAAAUCACCAAACAUUAUACACAGAUAAAUCCUAUCAGUAUCUAGCAAUAAGUACUGAUAUUGAUAAGCCUCAAUUUAAAUUUAUGCCAGGUCAUACUAAGCUUGUAUUUAAAAAUAAUUAUCAAACAAGUAUUUGUGAAUUAGGAUAUCCAGUUGGCUGUCAUUUGUCAGAUAGCUAAUCAUUUAAUUUACUGGAGUAAUAGAAAUAUUAAAAUAGCUAAAAUGAUGCUACGAAUGAUACUAUUUAUUAGCACAGCAUUAUUACUUAAAUUUGUUGUUGCUGAUACUGAUGAAAAUGAUGCUCAUACUAUUCAAUAUACUGACUCAACAUUUUCAACAGAAGUACCAAAAAAAAAUCAUUUUAUCAUGUUUUUUGCACCAUGGUGUGGACAUUGUCGACGUCUUGAGCCAACAUGGAAAAAUUUAGCUGAAAAGUUUAAUGAAAAUAACGACAACAGCCAAGUGACUAUUGGAAAAGUUGAUUGUACAACAGAUAGUUCAGUUUGUUCACAAAAUGAUGUUACUGGUUAUCCAACAUUAAAAUUCUUCAAAGAAGGUGAAAGUACAGGAAUUAAAUUUCGUGGUACACGUGAUCUUCAAUCAUUGACAAGUUUUAUCAAUGAACAACUUGGUUCAGCCAAAACUCCAAAUGAUGAUAAUGAAAUAAAUACAUCUGUACCUGAACCAAUAAAUGGUUUAGUUGAAUUAACAGAAGAUACAUUUGAUGAUCAUGUUUCAUCUGGUCUUCAUUUUGUUAAAUUUUAUGCACCAUGGUGUGGACACUGUCAAAGAUUAGCACCAACAUGGGAUGAACUUGGAAAAAGUAACAGUCAUGAUAAACUUGUUAAUAUUGCCAAAGUUGAUUGUACACAGCAUCAGUCUGUAUGUGAAAAAUUUGACAUUAAAGGUUAUCCAACACUUUUAUGGAUUGAAAAUGGUAAAAAAAUUGAUAAAUAUACUGGUCAACGUGGUACAAUUGAACUUAAAGAAUACAUAAAUAAAAUGCUUAAAAAAAGUACUGAAAAUAUUGACGAUAAUAGUGUCAUUGAUGAUGACAGUGUACAAUCAGUACUAACAUUAACUGGUGAAUCAUUUGAACAUGGUAUAAUAAAAGGUAUUACAUUAGUUAAAUUUUUUGCACCAUGGUGUGGUCAUUGUAAACGUCUUGCAUCAACAUGGGAAGAACUUGGUAAAAAAUUUAUAACAAAUGAUAAUGUUCAUAUUGUUAAAAUUGAUUGUACAUUACAAGUCAAUAAACAGCUAUGUGAUGAACAAGAAGUUGAAGGUUUUCCAACACUUUUCUUAUAUAAAAAUGGAAAAAAAAUAUCUGAAUACAAUGGAUCACGUACACUUGAUGAUCUUUAUGAAUUUAUUAUAAAACAUCAACAAGAUCAUGAUGAAUUAUAAAUUUAUUUUCAUCUUGUUACUUCCAUUUUUAAAUGGCAUAACGAUACUUUAAUUAAUUAAUUUUUUUUUCUUUUUUCAUUUUAUUUUAUAAGCUAAUUGUGCUUCCGAUAUUUUUUUUCUCCUAAAUAUUCAUUUAAAUUCAAUCAAAAUAAAUACAAAUAAUAAAUUAAAAAUAGGUUUUUUUUCAUUAUGAAAUAACACAUGAGACAUUUUUCACAAACGUGAUGAUUAUUCUAGUCGCGAACUUGAAAAAUUAAAUUAAAUAUACCGUAAAAAAUGUGUUAAAAUUAACAAUGGCAUAUGUACGAUCUGUAUAUGAUCAGUGACAAAUAAAUUAUAAUUUUUAUACAUUUUUUAUUUUGUUUAUG